ACGUUUCCUGCUGCAACCUUCUCUUUUUAAGCUUCUUCUCGUCUGAUCACUGUGCUCCUGACCCGGUUUUAUUGACGUUUUGACCUCUCGGCUACUUACGGAAACAUGAAGUACAUCAUCAGCAUUGGCGGUGUAACCAAUGGAGGGAAAACCACCCUCAACAACAGACUGAUCAAGAACCUGCCCAACUGUUGCGUGGUACAUCAGGAUGACUUCUUCAAGCCCCAAGAUCAGAUUGAAGUUGGUGAAGAUGGCUUUAAGCAGUACGAUGUCAUCACUGCUCUGGACAUGGAGGCUAUGAUGAGUACCAUCUAUGCGUGGCUGGAGAACCCGGUGAAGUUUGAGAACCAUGUCGGGGUGGCUGUAGCUCAGGAGGUAGCACAGGUCAUCUACUGA